GUGGAGGAUCCGCACGUCAAGUGAAGCGCUGUUAAAGAGACAGGUGUGAUUUCUGCGAAAUUAUUCAGGUGAAUAAUAUAAGGGCGGGAAUGACUGAGUGAGGGCGUGAAACUUCCCUCACCGGAACCACGAGCAGGAAAGGCUGGAAUAGCGGAAAUAAACAACAGUCGCGUUAAAUGCAGAAGAGAAGCUGAUAAUAUGAGUGUGUAAUCCGCACUGCAGAGUGUGUGUGAGGAUGUGGAUUACUCCUGAAGAAGUUGUGCUGAAAAACGCUCUAAAACUUUGGGUGACACAGAAAUCCAAUGAUUAUUUCCUCCUACAACACCGCAGAGGACAUGGAGAUACCGGGGGGAAAAUCACAGGUUUGCUGGUGGGGGCGUUGGACACCGUGUUGGACUCAAAUGCUCGAGUGGCUCCAUUCCGGAUUGUUCUGCAUGUGCCCGGGUCACAGGUCAGCUGGGUCAUAGCCAGUGGUGAGAUCACGACUCAUGUUCAUGUUUCAUGUUCAGUAUAUAUACAUGGACACAUGGUUCACUCUUGUGUGGUACUCCCCCUCAUAAACAUCAUGCUGUUGUGUAGUCUCUAUUGUGUGUUUAUGUGUGUGUUUGCAGGUGUCACACUAGAGGAGGUGUUGAGACACUGGAAAUGGCUCGAUCAAAACUUAAUGCCGUACAUGUCUGUGUUUGAGAAUAAAGAAGACGCUGCAAGUUUUGUACAGGGCAAAGUCAAGGGUUUAAUCGCUGAGGAGGUUCUGGGCGGUCAGGCCGCACGCGAGGAUGACCCGGCUCGGUUCCGUGAAGAUCUGGUGCGGUUCGAGCAGCGCUUCGGUCUGCCUCAACGAGAGAAACUGGUGACGCAUUACUCCUGCUGCUGCUGGAAGGGACACGUGCCACGCCAGGGCUCGCUGUACCUCACCACCAAUCACAUCGCUUUCUACUCAUUCCUGCUGGGCAAAGAGGUGAAGCUGUUAGUUCCGUGGGCUGAAGUGAUGCGACUGGAGCGCGUGUCGGUGGGUUUACUGACGGAUGUGAUCCGUGUGCACACGAGACGGAAGCAGAGAGAUUUCUCCAUGUUUAUGAAUGUAGAUGAGGUCAUGAAUGUCAUGUGUCAGCUGACUGACAUCGCUCUGCGCAGACUGCUGGACAGCGGUGGACUCACUCUCGACCAAUCACUGCAGGACUGCACAAACAUCACCAAGAGGGUUUUGGAGGAACAGAUGCUCAGGCAGUACGUGCUUUCUCUCUUUGGUCUGCCACGGGCCGAGCGUCUACAGGAAGUGAUGUCAUGCUCCGUUUGGACACCUCAUGCACGCUGUCACACGCCGGGAACCCUGUACACCACUGACGGGUAUUUGUGCUUCAGCAGCCGUGAGGAGGGACAGUGCACGCUCAUUAUACCACUAGCAGAGAUGCUGUGCAUUGAGAAGGCGGAGAGCACGAGUGCGUUGCCGAACCCCGUGAUCAUCAGCGUGCGAUGCAAGCGAGCGUUUCAGCUGAUCGAGCUGCAGCGUCGUGAUGAGUUAGUGGAGAAUGUCCGAGAGCGACAGCGCGCGCUGCACUGGAAACACGGCAUGAUACGCGGACACGACCAACGCAGGAAAUCCACAAUCUCUGCCACACCGUACUACACCUUCUGUUACGACACCGUCCAAUCAGAUGACGAGGACAGCAGCAUCAUCACUGAUAAAGCUCUACGUCACACGGUCUGCACAGAUGCGCUCAUUACUACGUUCCACCCCAGCCAAUCAGACUACACCAACAACACGUGUAACACAGAGCAUGUUAAAGAGCGUUUAUGGGAGGAUCAUUUCGCAGAGUUUGGUCGUAGUGUUCACAUGUUCCGCACCGAUAAACUCGGCAAGCUGGUGGCACUGGGAAUACCAGAAUCACUGCGGGGAGAACUGUGGCUCAAUUUCUCAGAUGCGUGUUCGUCGCUGGCAGCUCAUCCAAACUAUUAUGCUGAUCUGCUGGAGAGAUGCCGAGGAGAGACGAACAUCGCCACAGAGGAAAUAGAGCGAGAUCUUCAUCGCUCGCUGCCGGAGCAUCCUGCCUUCCAGAACGAGACGGGCAUCGGUGCCCUCCGCAGAGUCCUCACUGCUUAUGCCCACCGCAACCCCACUAUCGGCUACUGCCAGUCCAUGAAUAUCUUGGCAUCUGUGUUGCUGUUGUACACUAAAGAGGAAGAAGCGUUCUGGCUGCUGGUCACUGUGUGUGAGAGGAUGCUGCCCGACUACUUCAACCGCAGAGUCAUCGGUGCUCAGGUGGAUCAGUCUGUGUUUGAGGAGCUGAUUCGUGAGCGUUUGCCGGAGCUCACUGAACACAUUCCCGAUGUCUCCUCGCUGGCAUCUGUCUCUCUCACGUGGUUCCUCACACUGUUCCUGAGCGUUCUACCGUUCCGCAGCGCGUUGUGUGUCCUCGAUGGCUUCUUCUAUCACGGCAUCAAAUCGAUCUUCCAGAUCAGUCUGGCGGUACUGGACGCGAAUGCAGGAGAGCUGUGCACGUGUACUGAUGAAGGACAGGCCCUCAUGAUACUCACCAGUUUUCUGGAGCAGGUCACACAUGAGGAGGAGACACAUGAUUGUGCUGAUGUUUCAAGAUCUUCUCCACGUGUACAAGUCACAACAUUGAUCACUGACGCUUAUGAGAAAUUUGGUUCUCUGACAGUGAAGCAUGUGGAGAUGUUGCGCUGCAGGCAUCGCAUUCAAGUGCUGCAGGCGCAUGAAGACACCACCAAAGAUAACGCGUUGCGAUUGGUUACUCCAGAUGUGACACUCUCACAGGAAAACCUGUCUGACCUCUAUGACCUCUUCAAGACGGAGCAUUUCAUCAGUAUAUAUUGGGGUGAUGGUGUGUGUUCGUCUCCUCCUCCAGCUGCAGGCCUCUGCGCAGAGCGUUACUUUGUGGAUCGAGCUCAGUUUAAGAGUCUGUACGAGCUGCUCGUUCCGUUUCUCUGCGGCUCACACACUGAUACUGUCGCUCAACGCACCUUCACACUGCUGGACCACGACCGAGACAAUCUCAUUAACUUCUCACAGUUCACUCACUGGCUGGAUAUUCUGUACUGUGAGGAGUUGAAUGAGAGAAUCCGGCUGCUCUAUCGACUGCACAUCCCACCAGCCAUGACUGAACAUGAUGAGGACUCGUCUCUCCUGAAGAGUCCAUUAUUGUCCAGCAGUAGACCGCUCUGUGUCGACCUGCCAAACGGUGAGAGGACAAGUUAUGAAGAUCAGCUAAAGCAGAUGCUGCAAGAUUUGACCAGAAAAGAGAAGUAUGAGGAGAAACAUCUCCCACAUAUGAAUCAGCGUGAGUUUAUUCAGUUCUGUAAGACGCUCUACAGCAUGUUUCAGGGCGACCCGAGUGAAGCCGAGCUCUUCCAGGCUAUCGGGAUGGUCGCAAGUCUCGUGCUACAGAUUGGAGAGGCGCGACACUGCGGCCAGCUGUCAACAGAACAAGAAGAGGCGGACGGAGCAUCAGGGCACACCCACCCUGCUGUGAUUGGUGGAGAAGCCAGUGAGUCAGAUAGAGAUUGGUCAGUGAGCUUUGAACAGAUUCUGGCCUCAUUACUAACGGAGCAGGUGCUGGUGAACUUCCUAGAGCGACCUGUAGAUCUGAGCGAAAAAAUCACAGCUGCAAAAACACGGCAGUAUCGCGAGCGCGCCGGUCUGCUCAUGAUCCAGCACGAGGCAGUCAGAUGAUGAAACACACGGGCAGCGUUCAAUAAUAUACCAAAAACUAUGAUGUCAUUCAUUUCUACAUUCGUAGACGGCAGUUGAAGUUCCGCAAGACGUCAGAUAUUUGAUUGUGAUGAUACACAAGUUUGUAGUGGACCACACGAGUCACAGGAGACCACUGAUAUGACUCCUCAAAGACCGCUGGGGUGAGCUGGACUCCCCGACGAAUCACAGUUCAUGCCACUGAUUCAGCUUUACAAGAGGAAGUACUGAAUCAAUGCCUUACUCUCCAGUGUGACUUAAUGAAGCCUGAAUCUCCUGAGCCACAGAAUGGCCUUAAUGUUGUUUUAGCCAAAUUUCCUCAGUACAGCACACUACGGUGCCCCCUAGAGGACAGGAAGGGAAUUUAUGUUCUGAAACAGUUGUGUAUUCCUUUGCAAUUAUUUUAAAAUUAGUGAAACUAUAGUAACCACAACAUUUACCAUGGUUUUACUACAGUAACCUUAUUUUAACCAUGACAUUAGUAGAAAAACUGUAGUAAUGGUAAAAAUACAAACCAAAAAACAAACAUGGUUACCUUGGUUUGACUAUGAUAACACCAUGAAUUAAUUUUUGGUAGAAGUAUGGUUUUAAAAAAAUUAAUCAUGGUUGCACUGUAGUAACCAAAAUAUGGUGUUUUUUUUUUUUUUUUUUUUGCAGAAUGACUGAUGUUCAUUACCAUACUUUGUCUUUCCUGUAUUGUUACUACGGUUUUACCACAUAUCAUGAUUAAAAUGUGGGUACUGUAGUAAACCAUGGUUAUUUUGUAGCAAUAAGGGAUGGAUAAAGGCAUUGUGAGUGAAAGCAAAACCAUUUGAAAAACAUAUUUUUCUCCCUUGUCCUCUGAGGGGCUCUGUAACAUUCUCAUCUUUGACAUUAUGUGAAAUUCUUCUGUUCUGUCUUAAACUGCAUUAUAAGCUUGUAUUUGUUAAAUGAAUCAGUAUUCAAAUCCGUUUAGACUGAAGUCUCAUGCCUGGUUCACUCGAGGUUUUCACAGUAAACAUGGAAAUGUUAGUGUAUGGUUCCCUUAUUUUUUUAUGUUUGUUUUCUUGUUGCUUUUUACACCCUUUUACUCAAAUCUGUUGUAGUCUGAACUGCAAAACACAUGAAAUCCCACCCAUUCUAAAUCUAAGUUUAUUUCAUAAAUCUUAUUAAAGUUAACAUUUACACAUGUACAACAUAUUCAUAACUACACUGAACAAUCAGAUCUAGAUUCAUCACUUGCAAAUGAUAUUGUGACAGUCAUGAAGUAUAUAUGAGAAAUCAAAUCAGAAUUGUCUGCAAUGAUGAUAAUGUUCUAAUCACAGCUGCAGUUUGUUUAAAUGGUAGAGCUUUGUGAAGUUGUGAAUUUGAGACCACACGCACUGAUCUCAUGAAAACAUACUGUACCUCUCAGAUCUAUAGUGCCUUAAACACAAUAAGCCAUUUAAAGUAUCCAUUAGUGUGUGUGUGAACUGAAGAGACCGAGUCUGUUAGUUUGUAACCAUCUUUUAUAAAUCUACCAUUUGCCUCCAGACAGGUGCCGAUAAGGACCGCGGUAAAGACACUUUGCGGUUUGAAAUUCAGACUUUGGCUGUAAAUUCACGAUGCUCAUAAUGUUGCAUGUGAUUCUUCAUGAUUUGUGAAUUCAGAUGACAUCAUCCUCCGCUAUCGGUCAUUUACAUUUGACAACUCUUCAUUUUCUAAUGCAAAUAGCUCCAAAGGUUGAACACCUUAGAAGACUGAAAGCACACUCUUCUUGACCAGUCUGAUUUGAGAAUUUACUCACAGCAGAUUGUGUUCCUUGAGUCGGGACGGUGACAAUAAGCGCUCUUCACUUUUAAUGGCUAUUUCCAGUAAAUGCGCAAUCUGGGUUCAUGCAAAUUCACUUUCAUUAGAAAGAGCCUGAUUUGUGAAAACAUUCACAAUCACAUUUGGUCACGUUUGAUUGCACCUUACUGCUCUACCCCCAUUGCCUUGUGUUUUAAUAACGAUAUAGGCUGUCAAUGGAUAAAGCCAUCAGAGAAAUCAGCUUAUAAUUCUAAAAACUGACCAUCUUCACAGGUCACAGUAAACUCAAAAAGACCUUCAUGAUUUGACCAUUUUUUCACAGAUCAGUUUUUGUCAUUUAAACCUUUUUUUGAGUUCUUGAGUCAACAGUUUUCCUGUGAAAUCAGUGUUAUAGGCUUAGUGUUAUACAGGUGCAUCUCAAUAAAUUAGAAUGUCGUGGAAAAGUUCAUUUAUUUCAGUAAUUCAACUCAAAUUGUGAAACUCGUGUAUUAAAUAAAUUCACUGCACACAGACUGAAGUAGUUUAAGUCUUUGGUUCUUUUAAUUGUGAUGAUUUUGGCUCACAUUUAACAAAAACCCACCAAUUCACUAUCUCAAAAAAUUAGAAUAUGGUGACAUGCCAAUCAGCUAAUCAACUCAAAACACCUGCAAAGGUUUCCUGAGCCUUCAAAAUGGUCUCUCAGUUUGGUUCACUAGGCUACACAAUCAUGGGGAAGACUGCUGAUCUGACAGUUGUCCAGAAGACAAUCAUUGACACCCUUCACAAGGAGGGUAAGCCACAAACAUUCAUUGCCAAAGAAGCUGGCUGUUCACAGAGUGCUGUAUCCAAGCAUGUUAACAGAAAGUUGAGUGGAAGGAAAAAGUGUGGAAGAAAAAGAUGCACAACCAACCGAGAGAACCGCAGCCUUAUGAUUGUCAAGCAAAAUCGAUUCAAGAAUUUGGGUGAACUUCACAAGGAAUGGACUGAGGCUGGGGUCAAGGCAUCAAGAGCCACCACACACAGACAUGUCAAGGAAUUUGGCUACAGUUGUCGUAUUCCUCUUGUUAAGCCACUCCUGAACCACAGACAAUGUCAGAGGUGUCUUACCUGGGCUAAGGAGAAGAAGAACUGGACUGUUGCCCAGUGGUCCAAAGUCCUCUUUUCAGAUGAGAGCAAGUUUUGUAUUUCAUUUGGAAACCAAGGUCCUAGAGUCUGGAGGAAGGGUGGAGAAGCUCAUAGCCCAAGUUGCUUGAAGUCCAGUGUUAAGUUUCCACAGUCUGUGAUGAUUUGGGGUGCAAUGUCAUCUGCUGGUGUUGGUCCAUUGUGUUUUUUGAAAACCAAAGUCACUGCACCCGUUUACCAAGAAAUUUUGGAGCACUUCAUGCUUCCUUCUGCUGACCAGCUUUUUAAAGAUGCUGAUUUCAUUUUCCAGCAGGAUUUGGCACCUGCCCACACUGCCAAAAGCACCAAAAGUUGGUUAAAUGACCAUGGUGUUGGUGUGCUUGACUGGCCAGCAAACUCACCAGACCUGAACCCCAUAGAGAAUCUAUGGGGUAUUGUCAAGAGGAAAAUGAGAAACAAGAGCCCAAAAAAUGCAGAUGAGCUGAAGGCCACUGUCAAAGAAACCUGGGCUUCCAUACCACCUCAGCAGUGCCACAAACUGAUCACCUCCAUGCCACGCCGAAUUGAGGCAGUAAUUAAAGCAAAAGGAGCCCCUACCAAGUAUUGAGUACAUAUACAGUAAAUGAACAUACUUUCCAGAAGGCCAACAAUUCACUAAAAAUGUUUUUUUUUUUAUUGGUCUUAUGAUGUAUUCUAAAUUUUGGGUUUUUGUUAAAUGUGAGCCAAAAUCAUCACAAUUAAAAGAACCAAAGACUUAAACUACUUCAGUCUGUGUGCACUGAAUUUAUUUAAUACACGAGUUUCACAAUUUGAGUUGAAUUACUGAAAUAAAUGAACUUUUCCACGACAUUCUAAUUUAUUGAGAUGCACCUGUAAUUGCUCUGUGUUUUAGUCUUUCCCAUUCAUUUCCUAUGGCGGGUCAAAAAUGACCCGGAACACCACGAGUGUUACUUUUGUCACGUGGGCUAAACGAAUCGAAUCCAGUCCAAUUUAUUUGUGUUAGUUCAGAUGGCAAAUGAAAGAAAAGUAACCAAGCCUCAGGCCACUGAGAUGAAACCAUUUUUAUUAAAGAAACCAAUACAAAAUGGGUCAAAAAAGACCGGAAAUCCACACAAAGGUUAAAUAAAAUGACUAGCUAGUUGACAUAUCAUCCAUAUCAAAAUUUUAUUCGUCAACAACAAACCAACGCAAUCAAACGGAGUCAUAUUAAUCUCUGAAAUUUUUCAUAAAUCCAGUUGUGUAAAACUAAUGUUUUUCUAUCAUAAUUAUCUUGUGUUUGCAGAAUGUGACCUCUCAAAGCCUAAACAUUGAUUUUUCAAAAAAAAAAAAAAUGGUUAAGAGAAA